UUUCAUUGUACUGUGAACCUAGUAGUGAAUGUAGAAACUAAACAUGUUUCAUUUGCUGUAAAGAAAACAAAAAUUUGGUAGCAACGUUGUUGAAAACAUCCAAAUGUUUGAGGUCAAAACUCAUCUUCGUUUCAUCUUAUAUUUUACUAGCAUGAUUUAUCGCAGAAAUCUCUCACCCUGUUCUUGGACUAACAACAUCCUGUAGAUUUUUGCACCAGUCCCAUUUGUAACAUAUUUGAUUUAGCUUAUCAAGCAACUAAUUCUUAGACUCCGGUGUGCUAGAUUAGGGAUGGAUACCUACAGAACAGGACAAGCCAUCUCCAGCAUCAGUGUAGGAAGGUCACCAUUGUACAACAUUGCAUUGACUAUAGAUACAUUGUAUGUUAUAUACAAUUUAGUUUUUUUCAUGUCAUCAUUGCAUGCACUCAGUCAGACUAGGUGGUCCAUUAAUAGACAGGGAACUAUGGGAAAGGCUAGCUAUGUCAACAAAAAGUGUAGCCAGGUCAAAGUUCGCUCCUCUGUAAUUCCGUAGUUUCUCAGUUUCUUACUGCAUUGCUCACAUGCUAGUGAAAGUGAAGCGUCAUCUACUCGCUGCUUUUUGUGCUGAGGGUCCAAUGGUUUACCAAUCUAUUUUUUCCAUCAUGAAGUUAAGUGUUUGCCUUGGAGAUUCUGAGUUGAGAUUGCUGAGGAGGUUUUCUGCUCAAAUCCUUGAACGUGGCAUCUCAACAUUAUGCAGAAAUGACAAUCUCUUCAGGGUCCACCCAUCAAUAACCCAGGCGUUGUCAGAAAACAGGCCGGUGGUGGCGCUAGAGAGUACCAUCAUCACCCAUGGCAUGCCCUACCCAUACAAUCUGAGCACAGCCAAAGAGGUGGAGGCCAUAGUGAGAGCUGAGGGGGCCACCCCGGCUACGGUCGGGCUGCUUCGGGGCAGGCUCCACGUGGGGUUGUCUCCGGAGGAGCUGGACUACCUGGCCCAGAGCAAGACGUCAGUCAAAGUGUCCCGACGAGACCUGCCCUAUGCCAUCAGCCAGGGUCUCUGCGGUGGCACCACCGUCUCCGCCACCAUGAUAGCAGCCCACCGAGCCGGGAUCCCUGUGUUUGUCACAGGGGGGGUCGGAGGUGUGCACAGGGAUGGAGAGAACAGCCUGGAUGUCAGCGCGGACCUCACCGAGCUGGGCAGGACUCCCGUCGCCGUGGUCUCGGCUGGAGUCAAGUCCAUCCUCGACAUCGGCCGCACCCUGGAGUACUUGGAGACGCAGGGCGUGUGUGUCGCCACGUUUGGAAACUCCAAGAACUUCCCAGCUUUCUUCUCUCCACAAAGUGGGUUCAUGUCGCCGUACAAUGUCCGCAAUGCAGAGGAGGCCGCUGACCUCAUAGCAGGUACCCUGUCUCUGGGUUUACAGAGUGGCCUGCUGUUAGCAGUGCCCAUCCCUGAGGAGCACGCGGCUGUCGGAGAAGAGAUUGAGGACGCUAUACAGGCAGCGCUGGCCGAGGCCAGAGCAAAAUGUAUUAGAGGAAGAGACGUGACACCGUUCGUCCUUCAAAAGGUCAACACACUUACCAGAGGAAAGUCCCUCCAGGCUAACAUUUCUCUCAUCCAUAAUAAUGCCAGGGUAGGCAGUCAUAUAGCCUGUGCCCUGUCUGAACGAAUGCUGAAGAAGACUCUUCCUGAACUUCAAUUCAAAGAGGGAGAAGGAAAUGUUGACUCACAAUCCAAAAUUAUUGUUGUAGGUGGUGUGAACGUGGAUUUUAUUGCCAAGGGGAAAAGAGAAAAGCUGGUGCUUGGACAGACAAAUCCUGGAAGUGUUCAUCAAUCAUUUGGUGGCGUAGGAAAGAACCUUGCUGACUCUCUAAGCAGACUGGGCCAAAGGCCACUCUUCAUCUCAGCCAUUGGAACUGACUCUCACAGUGAUGCUGUGUUGAACUAUUGUCAGCACAUGAACACCAGGGGUAUCACCAGGCUUCAGGAGCAGAGGACUGCUACGUACUGUGCAGUUUUCACGGAGAGUGGGGAGCUGAGUCUCGGAUUGGGCGACAUGGACAUCCAUGGGCAAAUUAAUCAGCAUUAUGUAUCCAGGUUUGAGGAGAAGCUCUCAUUAGCAUCUCUCUUGUGUCUGGAUGGCAACAUCCCCACUUCCACAAUUGACUAUGUUUGCUCCGUCGCCAAGAAGCAUGCUGUGCCAGUAUGGUAUGAGCCAACAGAUUCGGACAAAGUGAGCAAGCCUUUCCUGUCAGAGAGCUGGAAGGCCCUGACAUAUACCUCUCCCAACCUGGCCGAGCUGUGUGCUAUAAUCAGGACACUGGGCCUUCCAACACCAACAGACUUGCCCAGCUCUAUGGAGGAGGUGUUGAGCAGCGCCGCAGCUCUCACACGCCCCCUGCUGGACCACCUGCACUGUGUGGUGGUGACCCUGGGGGCCAAGGGGGUGCUGCUGUGUGGGGAGCACAGCAACGGGACUGUAGACCUGCAGCCUAGGAAAGGAACAAGGAAGGGUCAGCUAUGUGCUGUUCACUACCCUGCUCUGGCUCAGAUGGCGGAGAAAAUCGUGAACGUCUCAGGAGCAGGAGAUAGCCUUGCAGGCGGUAUGAUAGCUGGGAUGUUCCAAGGCAGAGAUACACACAGCUGUGUUAAGAUGGGGCUCCUGGCAGCACGUCUCUCAUUGGCCUCCCAUCACCCCAUCUGCCCCACUCUGACCAGUGACUCAGUGGAUCCAGACAAAGUCCAACCACCCCAGCCAUGGCCUCAGCCUACCCUCCUGUGGAUGGAGGGAUGAAGAAUAUUGUAUACAACUUAUGUUGGAUCUUGUUGGAAAUCCAAAAUAACUUGUCUAGCUCAACCUUUGUGGUGAUAGGCUGCUGCUAAUUUGUUUAAAUGUUGUGAUGUUUAAUAAAAAGACUGGUCUAAUAUCA